AUGGCAGGAGUAAGUGGUGAUUGCCCGACAAUCAAGGCUAUCACUAAGGGAGUGAUUCACAGAAUUUGCUCAGGGCAAGUGAUUUUGGAUCUCUCAGCUGCUGUCAAAGAGUUGGUUGAGAAUAGUCUGGAUGCUGGUGCGACCAGUGUUGAGAUUAGUCUAAAAGAGUAUGGUGAACAAUACAUUAAAGUUACAGAUAAUGGCUGUGGCAUCUCACCGAAAAAUUUUCAGGUAAUUGAUGUAAUAUUCUUUGUUAUUGUCCUUUUCUUCCUUGCCUCUGCAUUUUUAUAUCUCUCUUUUGUUAGGUUUCUUUUUUUAAUGGUAGUGAGAGUCAACAUCUGCUGUUUUCCCCAAACGUAUGACAUUCAACUUGUCUACCAAGAAUGAUAGUUUAAUUCAUAUUCUAACAGUUCGACAUCAUGAACAUCUCUUUUUUUAAAUUGAUUUUGAAUACAUUAUUUUGAUAUCUGGUUAUGAAUCAGCGGAUUUGUAAAUAGACUGUUCAUCGUGAAAUGUCCUCAAGGUAGUCGGGGUGGUGAUCUGCCAACUUACUGCCUAAGCAACAUGGUGACAUUUCGUAAUGCCUAAGUUUAAAAUAAUCUAAGAUAAAUUAUUUUAACUCAUACACUUGUUUUUAGUUAAGUUCUUAUACUAUGAAUUAUUUAUGUUCCAUGUAAUGAAAAAAUCGCUCAUAAUUUUCUCAGCCAUUCCAGACUUUCAUGUCCCAAUUCAAUUUCUAAUUGGGCAUCUUGGUUCCAUAGCUGCCGUGGUUUAUGAAUGUCUUUAUCUGAUGCAUCCAUUUAGUUUCCGAUUGUUGAGGAUUAGGCUGACAGACCUCUUUUAUGAAUAAUAAUUCAUCUCAUGCAUUCUUUGACGAAGCCUUUCCUCUUUUAAUGGGUAGAGAUCAUUACUAGUACGUGUCAUUGCUGGAAGCUGGCUCAUAAAUGUGUUUUCUUCUUCAUCGUAUAGCACGCCUGAUGUAACCAGACCACCUCACGGAUGAAGCUCCCUGCAAUUUCCUGAGCUGUAUGGGCUCGAAGGUUCUCAAAAUAAGCAGGCCUUCCUUUAUUUAGUACCCUGGAGUAAUUUCAUGGAAUAAUGAAUCAUCAAAAGACCAAUAAACUUUUACGUCUUUCACUCAGCCUGUUAAAACCAGUUACCGGGCAUUAACCUUCAAAAUUUCCCUCCUACCUUUGAGCAUAGAUCUGGUGAAAAGAAUGCCUUUUUUAGUUAACUAGUGAUAGUGUGGUAAUUCAGAGAGCUCUUUUCUAGUUGUAGAAAUUCAGAGAAAUUGCAUAAUCCUUUUUAUUGUUUGUUAUGAACUUUUUCUUCUUCCCAGGACUGAGUUACUGGUCGCUCUAUUCCUUGCAGGUUCUUGCACUGAAGCAUCACACCUCUAAGAUAUCAAACUUUCCUGAUCUUCAGUCAUUGACAACGUUUGGCUUUAGAGGGGAGGCCUUGAGCUCUCUUUGUGCAUUGGGGAGCCUGUCUUUGGAGACAAGAACUAAGAAUGAGCCAGUGGGCACGCACUUGACCUUUGACCAAUCCGGUAUAAUAAAAUCUGAAAGAAAAAUAGCUCGGCAAGUUGGCACAACUGUCACUAUUGAGAAUUUGUUUUCCACUUUGCCAGUAAGAAGAAAGGAAUUUAGUCGUAAUAUCCGACGAGAAUAUGGGAAGCUUGUUUCUUUACUGAAUGUGAGGAAACUAUAUUCUCUAAUUCCACGUGAAUUUGUUCUGGUUGUAUACCAUAUGUGAUUUAUAUGGCUUGAUUAUCAUGUAAUAUUUUCAUGACGGUGGUCAUAGCUUUAGAAUUACUUUUCAUCCUGAUGAGUAUAAUUUAGUGUACAAUGCGAUUGUCAUAUAAAGUCUGAAAUGAUGAAUCACUGAAGAGCUCAUGUUCGAAAAGACAUUCAGGUUAGGCCAACUAGCAUCCAUGCCUAGGUUCAUGUUCCUGUUCCUGUUCCUGUUCCUGUCAGCACUAAGUGGCAUUUGGAUUUUAGUCAACUAAAAAGCAUCUCUAAUCUUUCCCCAGAGUGCAUAGAGUAUAACGCUUUGAAGAAUGGCUUAUGUAUAAAAGUGGUCUUGUGGAGCUUGUUCUAGUUGUUUUUUUAUCUCUGCUGGUAGGAUUUGCCUUUUUUGUGUGAAAUAAUAAGGUUUUGUAUAUAGCUCUCAUUUUCCUCAGAUUUGCGUUCAUAUUCAAAUCACUAAAAUAUCAUGCCUGCUUCUCUAUGUGCAUCUGACAUAGCAACUGAACUUACAUCCUUCUUUUUCCUUUUAGGCAUAUGCACUGGUUGCAAAAGGCGUCCGGUUUGUUUGCACGAAUACGACUGGGAAGAAUGCGAAAUCUGUGGUACUUAAGACUCAAGGAAGUAGUUCUCUUAAAGAUAACAUCAUAAAUACAUUUGGUCUGAACACUUUCACGUGCCUCGAACCACUGAGUUUAUCUGUAUCCGAGGCCAUCACGGUUGAGGGCUUUCUAUCGAAACCCAGGCAGGGGACUGGUCGUAAUCUAGGUGAUAGACAAUUUUUUUAUGUCAAUGGACGUCCUGUGGAUAUGCCGAAAGUUGGGAAGCUUGUGAAUGAAUUGUACAAGUCCUCAAAUUCAAAGCAGUACCCUAUUGUCAUCCUUAACAUCAUCAUGCCAACACAAUCAUAUGAUGUAAAUGUAACUCCUGAUAAAAGGAAGAUUUUCUUCUCAGAUGAGUGCUUUCUCAUCAGUUCUCUAAGGGAAGAGAUAGAGAAGAUUUAUUCUCCCGGCCAGUGUGGCUAUACUAUUAGCAAGAUUGAGUCCAUUGAGGAGAUGGAUGCUAAUGACUCAGAUACUCCUGAUAGCGGCAAUGAUCUCCCUACAUCAGCUAGACCACUUACUAUUAUAGACAAUGAGCAACUAGAAGCUGGCAGCUGUCAAGACUUUGUGUCAGAUGAUAUUUCUUCUAAGAUGAUUGAAGUAAUUGACCGAGAUGUUCAUGGGGACAAAGUGACUUCUCCAAUCAGGGGCGAAAUUCCUGUAACAAAGAAGGCGAAAUAUAGUGCCCAAGAUGAGCAGCAUGAAAUUUUGACUGCAUAUCAGUGUACACAAUCCAGAAGCUCUCAUGCCUCUCCUCCUGGAAGAUUAGUUAAGUGUGAUGUUGUUGCAAAUGCCAACUCAUCCUCUGGACUAAAGUUCGUUCAAUCUUCUCUCACCAAAUUUGUAGAUGUGAAGAAGAGGAAGGAUGAAAGUAGUGUAUGUUCUGAAUUGCCUGUGCUGAGAAACAAUAUCACGCUGGCCCAAGAAGGGAAAACAACUUCAGAAGCCGAUACUACAUGUUUUGAAAUGCUUUCCUCUUAUCUUCAAGACGAUACUUCCUCAGAGACCAGUCAAAAUAAAUUCUUGGAAAAUUCUGGGUCGUGUAAUGUCAUGGAAAAGAUGAAAGUUCAUAGCUCUCCUGUAUGUUGUGUCGGAAAAAAUGAGGUAUGUGAAAGAUAAUUUAGCAAGUACUUUAGAUAUAAUCAAUGUACACAAUUUCUUUUGAUAUCUAUUUUAUCUUAUAUCAAUCUAAUAGUGGUACGCCAUUUUAUGAUUGGAAACUUCAUUACAUCCUUAGCCAGGUCGUGCGUAUGCUGUUUAUAUUGGCGUCACUUUCAGUUGCUGAUAGCUACUAACCAUUCUAACAUACCGUAAUUCCAUGUUUUGUCAUGGUAAUAUCAAUAAAAUGUAUGCUCACUUGGACAUGGAGACUGCUUAAUCAUAAAGUGAGCAAAAAAGAUGUUUGUGGUCUUGCUGUUGUUUGCUCUACAGGGGAGUUACUUGACACAUUUAAGCACAUAAACCUAAUUAUGAAAAAUGCAAUUUUUACGAAAAAUGUAAGUUUGUAGAAUGGAGCAUAAUGUGGAGUGAGUGGAUUUAUCUUUCAGGUUUAUUGUCUUUAGAAACCAACAUAUUCCAUUCUCUCUGUUCCUAUUUAGCAGGAUCAAAGUCAUGCUAUUGUCAAAUGGAUUAUUCAGAAGAAAAUGAUAUAUAACUUUUGCGUUUCACGUCGUUUGAAUGUCAUACAUGCAUUUCGCGUUUAAUUUUACCAAUAUUACUAUUUUCAAAGUAAGCUUUAUAAGAUUCUUCUUUUUCCCUUUUUUUUUUUUUGGAGCGUGAGAUAUUUGAUAUUGAGUCUACCGCAUGCUUACCUACCUUCUUAUUGAGACAUACUCCAGAUACAGUUUUUUGAAGCACUUCCCUCUUCUGUUCUUCUGUACACUACAAAUACAUUCCUGUAUAUACACUGUCAUAGUUUAUUUUAUAUCAAAUUUUAUUUUAUCAGGUUUUGUAUUCUUUUUCUCGUGUUAUUAUUCUUUGAAAUCUUCAUAUUCUUGUUGUAUGAUUCAUUUGCUCUAAUGAAGCAAAGGUUUCCUGUAUUCUCUCUGAAAAAUCUUUUAUACGUUGAUUACAGUGUACGACCUGAAUAUUUAUAUCAUCCUAGCUGCUUUGACUGGAUUUGUCGUACACUAGAGAUCAAAGGAUUCAAGCAGAAAAUCUUUCUCAGAUUUUAACUCUUGUAGAUGCGGUAAUAUCCAUUUGUUAGAUGAUCAUAUACUUCUAUUGGAAAUAUGUUGCGUGUUCAUAUCCGAACUCUUACUGAUUAUUAUGUUUAUGUACUUUCACUUUGAUGUUUGUGAUCCUGACUAUGAAUCUCUCUAUAUUUUCUAGGAAGAUUUAAAGUGCCAGGAUUUAUCUUUAUACCCAGAUGAUGUGGACAGACAAACUCCACCUAUUGAGAAUGCUGAAAAUUUGGCUGGUUGUCUUUCCAGCCCUACAUCAGAUAAUGAAACUGCCAGCUCAUUAAAGGCCUGUUCUUCCGGAGGAUCUUCUUUUCUGCAAUUUAACAUCAAUGCAGUUAGAGCUAGAAGGACUCAGUGCUCACGUUUUCAUUCAAUCAUCUCAAACAAAAGAAUAAAUACUCGAAGGUCAUCAUAUUAUUGUUUUCUUUGUUAGUCUGACAUGUAUAAGGAUUCUCAGCUAUUUUUUUCUCAUUUAUUUAUUAUUUUUUAUGAUGUUUUAGGUGCUACACUGCGGCAACGUUAACCAUUUCUCAAUCAGAAAAUGAGAACGACAAAGCUGAGCUACUGACGGCAGCUACCAUCGAGUUGGAGAAAUAUUUCAGAAAACAAGACUUUGGAAGAAUGAAGGUUUUUCCUCCCAUUCUGGCACCCGUAAAAUGUGAUGAGUAUAGGAUCCUGUAGAUUCUUUCUUCUCAUGAGAUGUAAAAUGAGGAUACUGUCUAGUAAAUGACUCUAUGUUAGAUUAUAUGCAAUAAUUCACUGAAAUGCUAACCUAGCCAUGGGAGAUUAUUUAAGUCAUAUUUUGCAGAUAUAGAUCCUUACAUGUUUUUCGUACAAUUUCCUACGUUGAAUAUCUUGCUUCCUUUGUCAACUAGUCUGUUACUUUCCGUUUUUUUUUUCUUUGUUUAGAUCUUCCAACAGAACGCAGCUGAUUGUCAUUUUGUGUCUAGAUUUGGCUGAUCUUGUAUUUUUUUUUACAAAUGUAUCUGACCAUUUCGUCCGGUGAUAAUUUUCUUGUUAGUUGAAUGAGUGGACAUCUGUCUUCCUGUCUUUUACGAACUUUUUUUUUUACCACUGGUUUACUCAAAGCGGCUUUCCAUAGAGAACAAUAUUUGUCCAUGUUUUGAUUUUAGCACUGGGUUGUCUCAUAAUUUUUUUUACUUGUGCCGUCAGCUGGCGUUUGUGUUGGUCCUUUUUGUUGUUCCUACGGUCCCCAGAGUCAACUUCAUUGGAAAUCAUAACUUUGGGAUAAUGUUCCUUGGACAGUUUCUGAAGCUUCGUAUGAGUUUGUAUUAAAAAUUUGUUUUUUUAGUCUAGUAUGACAACUUUCUUUAAAAGUUCUCUUGGAAUGAAAAAAAUGUGGGUACCAGUCUCUUGCCUUUAUUUUUCUUUGGACUUCUGAUGGCAGACAUUCUAUAAUAAUGUUCAUAUUGUUUUUUUAACUGGUGUGUUGUAUCGUUCGUUCCAUUUUCUUUUUUUAAUCUUCCAUCACGCACAAAAGGUUCGUCUAUCAGCAAUAUGCCUGCCCUCUGCUACCUUUAUCAGCAAAACGCACGGACUUCUAUUCCUUGUUUUUCUUACUGGCGACUGUGGCACGUGGAUACAUGUCUUGGCUAAUCUCUAGUUAGUCUUUAGUGCAGAUUUUUUUUUUCUUUUCAUAGCUUUUUAUUCACCACCUUUCCCAUGGUGAUUGGUCUUGUUAGAUUCAGUUCUGAGGAAAACGUGACUGACAGGAUGCGUACUUCUUAUCAGGUCAUUGGACAAUUCAAUCUUGGUUUUAUUAUUGGGAAGUUAGAUCAAGACUUAUUCAUUGUUGAUCAAGUAAGGCUCCAAGAUCUUUUUUUCGCUGUUAGUCUCAUGGGAAUGAUCCUCUCUUCUGAUCCUUUCUUCAAUGUUUCUUGAAAAUUUCUCUCAUGAGAAGCUUGAAUCUUAUUAGAAUAGUCUUUUUUUCCUUUUUAUAGAAGAAAUUUUGGAACAUAUGAGCUUCAGACGACUCUAAAAACUUCCUUCCUUUCGUUGCCUCAACUUGCAGCAUGCUGCGGAUGAAAAAUAUAAUUUUGAACGACUUGCGCGAUCGACUAACUUGAGCCAACAGCCACUACUUAAGUGAGUUUCUUUCCCUUUUCUUGUGCUUUGUAUUUUAGGCACUCAUCAACAAGCCUAUUGAACAGAGUACUACGGAUUGAAAUAGUUAUAUUUAAAAGGAUUCACCGGUGUCUUGACAGAACGGAUGAAAAUAAUUUCAGACUGAAAUGAUUGCAUUCACAGAACGGUGUACUGUUUUUGAUGACCAGUGCCUUAAAAAGGAUUCAUCACUUGGAGAGUCUUACGCUUUUUCAUCCUUUCUUUUUCAAUGCUACAGGCCUCUGAGGUUAGAGCUGUCACCAGAAGAGGAAGUAAUUGCGUUUAUGCAUACGGAAGUAAUUAGGUACGCUUGCUUCAGAAUUGUUAAGUCCCAAACCCUGUCCAUCAGUUAACUCUCAUUCAAUUGUUUUAGCCCAUUGAAUUGCCUUUCCUUGAGCUGCUUUUAAUUGUGCAAUUUAAUUGGACAAUCUUGUUGAUUAUAUGUCACAUUUUAUAAGGUAGAGGAUUUGGUUUUCCUUAUGUAUCGACUGUGAAAUGCAUCUGGAUGGGUCUUCCUCUGGGAAUCCAUGUUACUAUAUUAAAUUAUGUUGCCACAUAAAACUCAAAUAUAUGAGAUAUAAAUUGGUGGUACACGGAAAAUAUGUUGAUCGAAUGUUCAAAGGCACUGGUGCCAGGGUUGGACGAAUGGUUAUGGUUAGCCCUUAAUGUCACUAAUCAGUAGGUUACUUUUAGACUUCACCAGUAGUGACUCUUUUGGUAAUGUACAGAAAAAAUCUUUUUAGGAUAUCACAACAUCUUUGGAAGAACUUCAUUCUUUAUCACCAUUUUCCUCUUGAAUGAUUGCAUCUUCGUGGGGAUUUUUCAUGUCAUGGGUUCUCUGGAAGAGGGGCACCAGAGUGCUGCCAUCAUCAAGAAUGAUCAUUUACUGGAGAAGCUUCUUGAUGCAUAAGUUGUGUGAGAAGUCAAGGAUCUUAGAUAUUGAUGUAGCAUCACAACCUGUAAAGUUGGAAGGAGGAGGCUGAAUCUCAAACAGGUUGGAGAAAAGCUCACAGACCGUCGAACUAAAGAAAUUAUAGGAGUUUUAUUGAUAUGAUCAGAAAAAAGGAUGCCCCUAUAUAGCCAACAAAAUAUUAGCCAAAUGAGUAAUAUAUCUUCUGGUGUAGUCACUUGUCAGGGGUGAUUUUGGCCUAGUGAGAAAAAUAACAAUUAAAAUUCUUAAGAAAGAAGUACUCCGAGACUAUCCUAUAUGGUUAUAAUCAGCUGCGUUUUACACGACUUACGGUUGACUUAUCUAACUUUAGCUAAUUCUUGGGAUGGAGAAUCCUCUACAUUAGGCAGGCAUCUUUGGGGUCCUUUCACAAUGUUUUCCCGACUUUAUUGAUAUUCAUAUAGAUACAGCUAAAGACUAUUAAAGGCUUGGCCUGACCAGGGCUAUUCUUUUUGUCUGACGCAGAAUAAUCAAAGAAUUGCUCAGCUCUGGGUUUUACAUAUCAAAAACAGGUUACUGCAGAUCUGUAGAAUCUUCUGGCAGAUUAUUUCAUCUGCUGUCGUGGUGUAAUGCAGAGACAUCGAAGGGAGAACAUGAAGAGAGGGUAACAUAAAAAUUCGCUGAUCUGAAAAGAGAAAAAAAAGUGCGAUUUAUCACGUAUUAAGUCUAUCGAAUAACCUUUUCUCAACCUAAAUUCGUCGCCUAUAAAAUUUAAAAUAAAAAAUAGGAGAAAAAUGCAUUUCUCUUAACCAUGCAGGAUUAUCUUCUCUAUCUUGCUAUCUUCUGAAAGCACCUCUGAUCCCCCCAUAGAACUCGAAUUUUUUCUUCUAUUCGGCAAGUGAUACCUAGUUCUUGUCUGUGCAUGGUUAUGUACACUAGUAACUUUUUAGCCGUUGACUUUUGACAACUCUUCCUUUUUUGUAUCACUUGGUCCUUGUAUUUAUGUCUACAGGAAAAAUGGUUUUUCUCUUGUUGAGGACGUUGAUGCUCCCCCUGGCCAACAUUUUCUGUUAACAGCUGUGCCUUUCAGUAAGAAUAUGACUUUUGGAGUGGAAGGUAAUCAUAUUUUGGUCUUUUUGCAUAUAAAAAUAGUGGGUUUAGUAGACUAGUCAUUCUGAAGACACCUGGUUCUGCAACGUCGUUGAAACAGAUGUUAAGGAACUCAUUUCCAUCCUUUCUGAUGCUCAUGGGGAGUGCUCUAUAAUCAGUAGCUACAAAAUGGACACUCAAGAUUCUCUCUGUCCAUCAAGAGUCCGCUCUAUGCUGGCUUCGCGUGCUUGUCGCUCUUCUAUUAUGAUCGGGGAUCCCCUUGCAAAGAACGAAAUGCAGAAGGUGAUCCCCUUUCUUUUUAUUUUGGUUUUUUUCUAGUAGCGACCUCUUCCAAAUAUAUUGGUUUUAUAUUUGAUACCAGCUUUAAUAAACCUGAUAAAUUAAUUUUUUCCAUUUCCUUUUAAAUCGUUAAUAAUGCAAUUCGGAUCUCUCUUCUGGGGGGGUGGGGUGGAUUGUUCUUUGACCAAUCUUUUGAGAAACCAGUGAGGAAAUUUGGUGAUGAGAACUGUUUGAUAUUGUUAAGGUUGAUAUGGUCACUUCAUGCCACACAGUCCCAUUCGAUGAAAGAACUUGAAGUGUGUUUGAGAAAUCAUAGGACAUAAUCGAGCAAUUUGGAUCAGCCAAGUUCCACACACAGAGGUUGCAUGGAUCCACUUCAUGUGGAGCUGUGCGGGCAUAGAUGAGGGCCAAACGGUUUGAUUGAGUAGAGAGAGGGCCAAGAGAGGAGCACUGGGUAUUUCUUCUGCAGCAGCCAGGAAUUGAGGCCUGAAACCAUUUUAUUAUGAGAGAUUUGGGGUGAUGGAUAACCUUUUUCCACAUGAAAGCACCUCCCACCAUCACUCGUGCACUGGCUGAGGAAAAAUAUGCUGCCCAGUGAGUGAGAAGCUGCUCGUUGAUGCUGCAUUUUUAUGAGCGAGAGCGAGAGAGAGAGAGAGAGAGAGAGAGAGAGAGAGAGAGAGAGAGAGAGAGAGAGAGAGAGAGAGAGAGAGAGAGAGAGAGAGAGAGAGAUAGACGGACAGACAGAGACAGACAGAGACAGACAGAGACAGAGAUAGAGACAGAGAUAGAGACAGAGAUAGAGACAGAGACAGAGACAGAGACAGAGACAGAGACAGAGACAGAGACAGAGACAGAGACAGAGACAGAGACAGAGAGACAGAGAGACAGAGAGACAGAGAGACAGAGAGACAGAGACACAGAGAGACAGAGACAGACAGAGAGUCCAUAAAUUCAAACCAAAUGCCCGUCUAAUCCUCCAAUGACUUUCAUUCUCUAAUAAGCUGCUUAUUGACGCUUCAGUUUUUCCAUCUUCUUGCCUCCCUCAGUUGGACUCACAUGCUACCCCUUCCUUAUGGGCCACAGAUAGUCCAGAACCUGGCGGGCCUCAAGUCCCCAUGGAACUGUCCCCAUGGCCGGCCGACGAUGCGGCACUUGGUGGACUUGACCAGCAUCUCGGCGGCGCCCUGA